AAUACACGUAUUUGAAAUCCCACCCUCACCCUUCGUAUUUACCAAAUCCAAAUCCGGACCCGACGACUCCCCCGAUCCCGACUCCUCCUCCCUCUCGUUUCUCAGCGGCGAUCCCUCUCGUUUCUCAGCGGCGAUCUCGAAUCUCCAGGUAUCUCUCCUCUCUCCUCUCUCCCCCUCUCCUCUCUCCCCUUCUCCUCUCUCGUCUCAACGCAGGGAUCUCUCUUUGUAUUUUGAAACCCUAGAUCUGAUCUGAGUUUGCUUUUCUCUGUUGUAGCUUUUUUUCAAUUUCUGCAGUUUCUGAUCUGGGUACUCUUUAUAUCUCGAUCUCUUCCGUUAAAAUUGUCUGUUCUCUAUGCUAAUGGGUGCCUGCCUUAUGUUCGAUUUUAUGCCAUAUGAAUUUUUUUUUGAUAAACCAAGUUACGUACUGGUUGAUGAUUGAGUGACUGUUGCCUUUUGUUGUUUGGUACUGUAAUUUGGGAGAAUAUGUGUACACAUGCACUCCCAUAUAAAUAAUUCUAUUUGCCUGAAUAUAGAACUCAAAACCCAUACUUGAAGGGAAAAGAAAUCGGAUCCAGAUAGAAUAUGGAUAUUUACAUGAAGAUAGGAAGUUAAUUUAUUCUUUUGUAAGUAUAAAAGAUUUGAGUCAUGAAGAUUUGGAUUCAACAGAUGAGUUCUAGUUGUUAAAAAUGGUAAAUGAUGAAAGGGAUUCAAGGAUCCAACUUAAACGUACAAGGGAAGAAUUUGAGAGGAGAGAGGAUGAUGACAUUAUUAUGGUAGUGGUCAGUUUUAUAGUUGCUGCCAUUGGUGCUUGGUACUAUACAAAGCACAUGUUGAAGGAGAGUUCAAGAACACACGAAGAAGAGGAUGAAAGGACAUACCUUAGAAAGUCUUGGAUUCGAAAUCUUAUUUGCAAUGCAAAUAACUGUGUUGAACAACUAAGGAUGAAUCCUCAAGCGUUUAAGAGGUUAUGUGAUGUUCUAUGUACUAGAGGGGGAUUAGUAGCAUCAAGAAAUGUCACGAUUGAAGAAAUUGUCGCUAUGUUUUUGCAUAUUUUAGCUCAUAAUGUAAAAAAUAGGACAAGCAAGACAGAUUUUUAUCGUUCAAAUGAAACAAUUAGUCGGCAGUUCCACAAAGUACUUCAAGCAGUCAUGAAGAUAGGAAGCCUCUAUAUUAAACAAGAAUAUACAAAUCCUAAUGAGAGAGACAUAGAGAAGUGGAAAUGGUUUGAGGAUGCUAUCGGGGCACUUGAUGGGACUCAUAUCCAAUUAACUAUUCCUUUGGAAGAUCAAAGUAGAUAUCGAAAUAGAAAAGGAGAGAACAGUACAAAUGUACUUGGUGUUUGUGAUGCCAAUUUGAGAUUUUCAUAUGUGCUACCUGGUUGGGAGGGUUCAACAUCAGAUUCUCGUGUUUUGCGUGAUGCUUUGCGUCGGCCCAAUGGCUUAAAACUUCCCUCAAAUAAAUACUUUCUUGUGGAUGCUGGGUAUACAAAUGGGCCGGGGUUUUUGGCACCUUAUCGAGGGACUCGCUAUCAUAUAAAGUCAUGGAGAGAAAAUGGUCCAAGAAACUACAAGGAGUUAUUUAACCAACGUCAUUCCUCUGCUAGAAACACAAUAUGA